AUGUCAAGGCUACCCCCAGGCCGUCAACAACAAUACCCAGACUCGCAAAACUCUUCAUCCCCUCGAGGCUACGAUAAUGCAGAAUAUGGAAAUAACUAUGCCCCUCCCCAACCAACACGAAGUCCUGUACCCACAGAUGUCGACCAGCUAAACUUUAAUAAUUUAAGGAUUUCUGAUGAUCCUUACUCUCAACCUUCACGCUCAAUAGGAGUUCAACCUGGGGCAUUUCGCUCCUCGCCAUCUCUCUCUCACAGAUCACGCUCGCCACAGCCAGAGCAGUACUAUCACCCAGCCCACAGACAAGCAAGCCUUCCUCCCCAACCGAACCAGAUGGGACAAGUUGAUGCACAGAUAACCCAGGAUCCUCGCUCUUUUCGAAGAAGAAGCCCUAUGCCCGCACAAUCUCCUGAACAACUUGAUUCUUAUGCGGGUCGUGGUAACUAUCCAGCUUACGUUGAUUAUCCUCCACCAGAGUUUCCGCCUCCUGGUCCUUUCUCGCCGCCACAGCAGCCACCACAGCCACCACCACAUGGACAGCCAGGAAGUUAUGGGUAUGAAUACCAGCAAGGUUAUCACCCAUCCGAUGGAUAUUAUACAGAGGGAGAUCCAUAUACUCAGGGAGAUCCAUAUACUCAGGGAGAUCCAUAUGCGCAAGCUCCUUCCGACUAUGUAUAUUAUGACCAAGGUAUAAGACCUUCAGAUUAUCCAGCUGCAUAUGCCGGUCAAGCGUACGGUCCAGCACCUUAUCGCCAAUACUCUAUUAAUAGUUCUUCAGGAAAGGGAGGCCGGCUUGGUGGGCCGUCAUCGCGCCCUGAUGAGGUUGUGGAAAGACCAAAUUAUUCUCCAGAAGCAAUUGAACGAUAUCGCAAUAAAGUUAAAGCCGCAGGAGAUCCGGCCAGUCUACUUAAUUUUGUCAAAUAUUUAAUUGAAGCAUCAGCCGAAGCAGGAGAAAAUGAAGCCGACCCAAAAGCAGCACAAAAAGCCAAGGAUGCAUUAAUACAAGAAGCAUUUAAAAUUCUCAAGCGUCUAGCUACACAAGGAAUGGGAUUUGGCAAACCUGCUUAUCCGGAAGCUCAGUUUUAUCUAGCUAAUUGCUAUGGUAAUGGAUCUUUAGGUCUUCCCAGGGAUAACGACAAAGCAUUUAAUUUGUACAUGCAAGCGUCAAAACAGAAUCAUGCAGCCGCUACUUAUCGUUUUUUAUCUCAACACAAAAAUCCCCGAGAAGCUGUUACAUGGCUUAAGCGUGCUGCACAGAAUGCCGAUGCUGAUAAUCCGCACGCACUUCAUGAGAUGGGGUUGUUGCAUGAAAGGGAAGAUAUUCAAAGAGAGAUUCCGUCUGUUAUACAUGACAAGGAGUUUGCUUUCGAACAAUUUAAGAAAGCGGCAGACUUGGGAUAUGAACCUUCUUGUUAUAAGCUUGGCUUGAUCUAUGAACAGGGUUUGCUUGGACAACCAGUGAAUCCGCAAAGAUCAAUAUAUUAUUAUUCCAAGGCGGCCGAAAAGAAUGAUCUUGAAGCAGCAUUAGCUUUGUCCGGAUGGUAUCUCACUGGCUCAGAGGGUGUGUUGAAGCAAUCAGACAAUGAAGCGUAUUUAUGGGCACGUAAAGCUGCUGAUAUGGGACUUGCCAAGGCAGAGUUUGCUAUAGGGUAUUAUUCUGAGAAUGGUAUUGGUACUAAGCAAGACUAUGAGGAGGCAAGGCGUUGGUAUUUACGAGCAGCAGCUCAAGGAUAUAGGAAGGCACAGCAACGUCUUACAGAGAUGAAGCAUCAGGGAACCACAAGGCGGAUGAGGCCUGAACGACAUACACGCGGCCAGGGCAAACAGGGGGAUGACUGUGUGAUCUCAUAA